AUGUCCGAAAAGAGAAAGAGAGAUCGCGACGAUGGGGCUGCGAAGGAGAGCAAGGACAGGAAGAAGCAAAAGAGAGGAUUUGUGGUAGGACCAGACAAUCUGCCCGAUGGCACGUACAGGAGAAAGAACCAGAAGAUCAAGCAGAACCUCAUCGACAAGGCGAAGAUCAAGAAGGAAUAUGCGAAGUUGAAGAAGCAGGGCCAAGUCUCGGAAAAGGACGAAGAACUACCACAACCAGCCUCGCUUGCCGUAAACGAAGGAGAGGAGCCCAGCGCAGGACCACAUCCAGAUCGCCAAAAUCUAAUCGAGAAGGAAGCCCAAGAACCGGAGCAGCAGGAACAGCAGGAUAGGAGCGAGUUCCGGCAGAGAAAGCGAAGGCCAAAGGCGAUCCCAUACCAGAAGGAACACGAGGAAGGUCAAAAGCGCAAAGUAGAGGCCGAAGCGCGGCGGAAAGCUCGAGAGGAGGCGGAGGGUGAGCGACAGAGGAAGACAGAGGAGCGUGAGAGGUUUAGGAGAGCCAUGGCGAAGGCGAGGACUGGGGGACCGAAUGGGCAGCGAAAGCUGGGCCGCGAGAGCAAAGUGUUGUUGGAGAAGGUGAAGAGGAUGGUUGGUGAAAGUGGUUGA